AUGACUGUUGGACUGGCUCGUAAGCUGUCGCGUACAAAGCCGCACCGGGAUGCGCUUUUGAAGAAUAUGGUUACGCAAUUGCUGCAACAUGGCAGCAUCGUGUCGACACAUGAGAAGUGUAAGGAGGCAUCCAGACUUGCCGAGAGGGUGAUCAGCUGGGCCAAGAAGGUUAACGAGAAUCCUUCGUCUCCGCUGCGCUCGGAGAUCCAAUCGAGACUGUUUUUGGCUGGCGACAAUUCCAAGCUGAUGGGGAGACUGCUGGGGGAGAUAGCUCCCAACUAUGUGGGCCGGAACGGUGGCUACACGAGAGUGCUGCAUCUGGAGCGCAGACUGGGCGACAAGGCGAAGCAGUCUGUCCUGGAGCUGGUGAACACACCGGUGAUAGACUCCGAGGGCAAUUUCAACAGAGGAAACAUGAAGCUGUGGCUGCUGGUGAAGAACACCAUGCAUGACGAGAGCUGCCACAAGCCGUACAGCUCGCUCACGCUGAAGAGUCUGAAGAAAAUGCUCGUGGGCAAGACGCCAGAGCAGCUGAGAUCGGAGAUUCUCGCCGUCAGACGCUUUCUGAAAGAGCACCAGGGAGAAGAGUGGAAUGAGACCAUAGAGACGGGCGUAGUAGACGUCCUGCUGGAGCAAAUGCAGGGACCAGGCUCGUCUGCCACUAAGAAGGGCAAGAAAAACGGGGGCUACGCAUUCGUGAGCCAGAGGCCAGUCAGGGACUUCGCACCGGCUCCUUGA